AUGACGAAAUAUACAGAGUCUGAAACCGCUAUUUACAAAUUAGCAAAACAUUUCUACAAUGGAUUUUAUAAGUUUUAUUUAAGCCCGCAAGAAGUAGAGUCCUUAACAUGGUCUGCACAAGAAAAGCUUCUUAACUUAACAUUGAAUAAUAAUCUUUUAAAAAUGUAUCCAGUAAGCAGCAAUUUUUGUAGGUUGUUUUUAAAAAAUAUUUUGAAAUGUUUAGAGGGAAGGCAAGAUGUUCAUGAAAGCAUUUAUGACUACCUGUGUUCCAUUAUGAGUAAUAAGCAAGGAAUAGAUGAUUUUUACUAUAGACACUAUGUUAUUGGGAGUAAUUUUAGUCAAAUUGUUACUUUGAAGGAAUCAAAUAAUAUGGUUGUUAAUGGAACUACAGGAAUGAAAACUUGGGAGGCAGCUCGUUUAUUGACAGAUUGGAUUCUUACAAACAAAAAAUUCUUUUAUAAUAAAAAAAUAUUAGAAUUGGGAUCUGGUAUUGGUUUUACUGGCAUUACUGUUACAAAAUUCUGUGAUACUACUUCUGUAACAUUAACUGAUUGCCAUGAAGAUGUUUUAAAUGCAAUUAAUGAAAAUAUUAUAAUAAACUUUCCUGUAACAAGUCAAAGGCUAGAAAAAGAAUAUACAGAAAAUGAUGUUGAUGGAAAAUUGAUGAGAGUAAUGAUGUUAGACUGGAAUGAUAUUGAUCAAAUAGAAGUUCCAGACAUUCCAGAUAUAAUAAUAGGUGCAGAUAUAGUAUAUGACCCAUGUAUAUUAGAGCCUCUAUGUAAGGUCCUACAAUCUUUUUUCCUAAAGAAUAAAUCUAUAAGUGCCUUCAUAGCAUGUAUUAUAAGAAAUGAAGACACAUUUAAUAAAUUUAUCCAAACCUUAGCUGACUAUAAUAUGAAAGAAGAAAAAUUAUAUAUGCCUGAAAAUAUUAAUUUAGAGUGGGAUCCCAGUGUUAAUCAGUACUCUGCAAAUAAACCUCUUGUAUACUCAUUAAAAAUGGAAAAAGCAAAAAAGGUUGUGCGCAAAAGAAAACUCGUUAAUAAUGAAGAAGAUAAUAAUAUUAAAAAAAGACCAAUUAAGAAGACUAAAACCCAGAAAGAGCCGACAGAAAUAGAAGAAUAUAAUAAUGUAGAUUUAAAAGAUGACGAUACCGUAAAAAUUUCUAAUAAUGUGUGGAAUGAAGCUGAAAUGCUCUCUUAUAAAGAAAAAGUGCCUAAACAGUUAGCAGAAAGUUUUAUUACAUUAUUAACUGAAGGCUGUACUUUACCAUUCAUUGCAAGAUACCGUAAAGAAGCUAUAGGGCAUCUCCUACCCGACAGACUACAAGAAAUAUAUGAAAGUUAUCAAUGUAUUAAUCAUUUUAAAAAGAAAGUUAAGUCUGUAUUAGAAACAUUAAAAAAGUGCAAAAAACUAACACCUGAAGUUGAAAAGAGUAUAUUAAAUGCAAGAAAUUUGUCAGAGCUUGAUUUAGUGUAUUCACCUCUUAAAUCACAUUCAUUGUCACUUGCUGAAAGAGCCAGGAAUCUUGGUCUUGAGCCGUAUGCAAUCAAAGCAUUGAACGGUGAAUACAUUGAUUUACAAUUACUAUGCAAUGGGAGUGAUGAAUUGUCUACUGUUGAUAAAGUGGAAACUCACAUUACUCAUAUUAUUGCUGAUGUUAUUUAUAAGGAUACAAGAGUACUAGAGGAAAUGAGGAAAUUAAAAGAGGAAACAAGGUUUACAUUACAAAGCAGCAGAACGAAAAGUUCUACAAAAGAUACAAAGAAAGAUGCAAAUAAGAAAUAUGAUACUAAAUCAGAUCCAGACACAUAUAAGUUAUAUUUUGAAUGGAAGUGUCCUGUACAGUUUGUGAAGAGUUAUCAAACACUGGCUAUCAAUAGAGGAGAAGAUGAAAAGAUAUUGUCCGUUAAAGUUAUUGUGCCAGAUUGGUUUUAUAAUAAAUUAGAAAGGUUUUGCUUACCACUAUGGGGUAGUAACCAUUGGGUCCGCAAAGGACUCCAAGAUGCAUACAAUCGUCUGAUAAAGUCUUGGCUGUCGAGACAAGUACGGUCAGACCUGACCACAGCCGCUGAAAAGGAGGCAAUUAAAACUUUUACAACGAAUUUAGAGAAAUAUUUAUUAACAGAACCUAUUAAAAAUAGAAGAAUAGCUGGCCUUGACCCUGGCUUUAAAGCAGGAUGUAAGGUCGGUAUUAUAGAUGUAAAUGGCGCGAAGUUGGAAGCGUGUACGAUAUACCCGAAUUUGAGGCAGCCAAACAAAAAUGACCCGGCAGCUAAGCAGUUGCUAGAUUUGCUCGAAAAACAUGGAGUAGAAUUAAUAGGUUUGGGUAAUGGUACAGCGUGUCGGGAAACUGAGACGUGGUUGAAGAGCCAUCACAUAUCUGAUGGUAUACCAAUCAUCAUUGUACCAGAGCAGGGGGCAUCUAUUUACUCCAUUAGUAAGGAAGCUCAGAAGGAACACCCAAAUAUGGAUCCAAACUUGAUAUCUGCUUUAUCGAUCGCAAGGAGAGUACUUGAUCCUUUGGGAGAACUUAUUAAGGUGGAUCCAAAGAACCUAGGCGUAGGCUUGUACCAACACGACAUACCCCCGAAGAUGUUAGAAGCGGCCUUAGACAGUGCAGUUGAAAAGGUCGUUAGUUUGGUGGGAGUCGAUAUAAACACCGCUUCUCAAGCUAUGCUUAGACGAAUAUCCGGCCUAAACGAUGGCAGAGCGAAAAAAAUAAUAUCUUAUAGAGAAGAAAAUGGUUCUUUCAUUACACGUGCUGAAAUUUUAAAAGUCUCCGGUAUUGGAAAGAUUACGUACCAGCAAUGUGUUGGUUUUUUAAAGAUCGUUGGUGGAAAAGAACCCUUGGAUAGCACUAUUAUCCAUCCAGAAAGCUAUGGAGUGGCUAAAUUAUUCGCUAAGAAAAUCGGUGUGGAUAUAAAACAUUUGACUCGGCCGGAUUUUCCGGAUUUAGUAGAGCGAAAAAUUUUGACAAUUGACAUUACAUCGCUCAGCAAGGACUUGGGCACAGAUGUCAGUACACUAGAGUUAAUUGUCACCGCCUUUAAACAAAAAUCCUACGAAGACAAUGUUAUUACAUUCUGUAGACCUGUGUACUCUGUGUCAGUGCAAAGUAACGAACAGUUGGUUACGGGGACGACUUUGACAGGUGUAGUCCGGAAUGUGGUACCGUUCGGCUGUUUCGUGGACUGUGGUGUCGGCGAUAACGGCUUAAUACAUAAGAGCCAACUAGGAAGUUAUUCGCCCAAAUUAGGCGAUAGAGUGGCUGUCACCGUCAUAAACACGCCGAAACCGAAGAAAUUACAAUUAAAAUUGGAUAAAAUACUUGAUUGA